CUAUAAAAUAAUUUGAUUAGAAUUAUAACAGAAUAGCACUCGGUUACAAACCGGCAACGAUAUACUUUAUUUCCGGCUUUCCACACUAUUUCCUCCCAGCCUGCUUUGCGCGUAGAACCGGAAGGACAUCUUUCCCGGAGAGGACACAGCUGCCAACACCUCAAGCAUCGUUGAUAAGCAUCGCUAAACAUGUCUGAGACCAUUGAGGACAAGAUCAAGAACUACAGGACAGCGCCCUUCGACGCUCGAUUCCCCAACACCAACCAGACUCGCAACUGUUUCCAGAACUACCUGGACUUCCACAGGUGCAACAAGGCCCUGUCUGCCAAAGACCAGGAUGUGGCCCCCUGUGAGUGGUACCAGAGAGUCUACAAGAGCAUUUGCCCCAUUGGAUGGGUUGGCAAAUGGGACGAGCAGAUGGAGAAUGGAAGUUUCCCUGGAAAGAUCUAAAAUGUGAUGAAAUAUACUUGUAGUUAUCAGUCAGGACUUUGCAGGAUGUACCAGUUUCCAAUGUCGUCAUUAUUACCCUCAGUCAUGUUACCUAUAUUAACUUAACGCACAACUUUUCAACCUGCAUACUUUCACAUGAAAUAAAGUGAACUCUGAUGUGGCA